AUGCUCCGUCAGGUAAUCCAAGGAGCAGGGCGAUUGCACUACCAGGCCGGCUCCUUCAAAUCCUCUAUCACAAAGACUCCGGUCUUGCUUCGCUCGUUCUCCGCCACCGCAUCGCAAGCCAUCAAAUAUGGCGGACCUAACGACAAGAUCCGUAUUUUCGAACAGCCUUCGAUGGCAAGCAAUAAGAGAGUCGAGAUAGAUCUGGACGCGGAAGCUGCCGAUGAGCGAAAAGAGGUGGAGAUCGAGUUGGCAAAGUUGGACAAGGAACUGGCUGAGCUCAGAAAAACCCCAUUCGAUGUAGAAGGCGAAUUUAUACAGAGCUUGCCGGAAAAGGAGCGGGCUGCCGCUAUCGAGGUUAUACGAAACUAUGAGGCUAAACAUGGCAAAGUUAGUGAUUGGGGCGUCGAGGAGCAAUUAUUCGACAAGGAACUGGAUGAUAUGAUCAAGGAGGAAUUCGAGCAGAUGGCCAAGGAAGAAGAAGAUAUUUUCGACCCUACAAAGCCUGCAGAUUCAGAUUCGCACGGAGACGGCUUAUCGCCUAUGCAUUCUUACGAACUACGAUUUCACAAACAACUUGAACUACAUUUGAACAGCUCGGAAAAAGCAAAUGCCAAAGAACUUUGGAAAUGGUAUCAACGAUCGAGAGAUGCCAUCCCAUCUUUUCUACAGACCUUAGAACCGGAGAUAUGUCAGCUAUUGUGGAAUAUACAGCUCCAGACACCGCCUGCCACUCGGAUAGCUCAUAUACGAACGCUAGUCGAAGACUUCAAAUCGGUCGGAAAGGAGCUUUUGCCUGAUCAAGUUCUUCAGUAUAUUGAUGUGCUGCAUGGUGGGGGCGACAUCGAAGGAGCUUUGCAGCUCUGGGAAGAAUCGCAGGCAAUCAUAAGCCAAGGAGAGGGUGACAUCGACGCCUAUUGGAGUACAGGUGUUCGACUAUUUGCGGCACACGGUGAUCCACAGAGAGCUCAAGACAUUGCUUUCGCGUUCCUGACAAGUGAUGGUAGUCGACAUGCGCGCAUACUUAUUCCUAUAGCUACGUCAUGGACGAAACAAGCAGAUUCGCAUGCCGCCACAAAAGCAUGGGCCAUAUACCUUCAACUCAAGACUUUGUUGGGCUCCGAUAUGAAAAUGGAAGACUACGAUAUACUCAGCACUGCAUUCUUGAAUGAUGGCAAGAUCAAUCUUGCUGUUGCUGUUUUCAAGGACAUGAUGAUCACAGGGAAAGACCCCGCAAAUGAUUCAACUGCAAUUUUUCAGAGAGCCAUAGGCCUUACAGGAAGCUUACGACAAUCAAAUAUCAAGGAAGAAGUUGUCAAUAAGAUAUCUCUUUCAGCUCUUACCUUCCUACCCCGUCGAUUUCAGAAUAAAUUCUUCUACGCAAGCUGGAUGAAGAAGCUUAUUGGCAUGGGUGAAGUCGACUCUGCUGCAGCUGUUGUCGAGCUUAUGUUCGAAAGAGGUGUGAGACCAGAUGCAAUUCAUCUGAAUGGUAUAAUUGGAGGCUGGCUCCGGAAUGGAAGCCCUUUGGCCAGAGAAAAAGCCGAACAGCUUGGCUGGUCCAUGAUACAACACCGGAUUGAUAUUGUGUGGAAUAGGACACAACAUUUAGAAGUUUCAACCAAACCUUCUGUCCCAGAACUUCCAUCUGAUACCCGUGUGCCGAAAUUUCUGAAGAGAAAAAUUCGCCCUGCAAAUAUUGAGACAUUUUCAAUCCUGCUACUUCAUUACACUCGUCGCGGAGAUGAUGACAUGGUCAAAUAUUUAAAUAAAUGUCUUGAGGAUGCUCAGAUUCGGCCCAACUCCUAUUAUAUGAACCAUCUUUUAUAUGCCGACCUUCGCAGACAGAAAAUCAACAGUCUUUGGGAGAAGUUUCAAACCUUAGCUAGGCAAACGGUCCCUGAUUUAGAGACUUUUGCAUGUCUAUGGGACUGCGGCAAGCUUCAAUACGAUCGAUUCCGGACAGCCUACCAUACAAAUUUCCCUGAAGUGCGUCAGCUAUUCGCAAUUAUGAUACGGUGGUAUUCUACUCUCGACGCCCGAAAGACGACUAUCACUCAAGAAGAAUUCUCUCGAGAACUCUACGACCAAAUCAUUCUUUGCUUCUGCCUUUCGAAAGACCUAUGUGGCACUCUAGUUGCACUUUAUGUCAUGAGGGAUCUCUUCAAAAUAUACCCAGACGAGAGCACAGCCCGCAUGCUGAUAUUACAAAUUACUCGAAUAGCUGGAAAUGUCAACAUCGACGACAGAAUUGGCCCUCCAGGCACGUCAAGGCGAUCUCGAGUCCGGGCACGACGACGACUCUCCACCACACCACAAUCAAAAGAGAACAUAGAACAAGUCAAAAACAUCCUCGCCACUCUCCAGACCAAAAAGGCAUCCUUACUUAAAGCCCAGGGAAUCGAUGUCGAGCAUCUUAGUGAAGACGACCGAAAACAAUAUCAAAUAGAAAUUUUAAGCGAACUUCUCGUCAUGGUGAUUGAACGCACCGUCGUUGACCCCGCUGGUUCGGAUCGCGAUGUGAAAGCUCAGAUCGUCGCUGCUAUGCAGGAGAUGGCUGUUCCAGAUUUAGCGAUACGAUUCAAUCACGAGUCGCUGCAGUGA